GCCAAAGACUGCCUAGUGCCUGGGCACAUUUUAUCUGGGAACUAAAAGCUAAAAGUUCAUUUUGGAGGUGGAAGGAUUUUGGUGAGACACACCAGCGUACGUUCUGAAAUCGGCGGGAACCAUGAGAAUGCCAGUAUGUAUAUUGCGCUUGCCAAGAGGACCAGACGCCAACAGCCGCGGAUUUGACCCGAACUCCCCAAGAUACACCUCCCUGUGUCCGACCACAAUUUCUGCCGCUUCUGAAACGCGAACCGACUGUCGUUCCCUACGUAAUGAACAACGUACACGCUCCGUUCUGAGGGAACGGUAUCUGAGAAGUCUUCUCGCUAUGUCCCUAAAACAAACCCGUUUCAGCAUGUACGAAAGGGUACUGGUGGAAGCAAAGUUCGGAGCCGCCGACAUCGACGUUCUUAACUUCCAGGUGUCUGAUUUGCUAACUCCGUUAGGCGUUCAGAAGGAAGCUUUGAUUCGAUGCCCUGAUGUUAUUUCAUAUUCGUUUGAAACCAGUACAUUGUCUUUUCUGGUCUAGUCUCUGUGGCUUGUUUUCGUUUUUUCUUCGGUUAAAUGUUUAAUCCGGUUUCUGAUAGUUGGACAGCCCCAGUUUAACAUGCUAACGGGCUCAUAUGCAAACUCAUAUCUUUGCUGUCGCGCAAAUAAACUGAACUGGUGAAAUUUG